UGUCAUUUCUGCUCGCUUACAGCCUCAGCGUAGUAGAAAACGGACUGUCGCUGGAGAACGAAGAAGAGCAGAGACGUGAAAAAAAGCAGUGAAAUGGUGUAAAAGCUGACCGAGGAGAACCCGAGUCAGGGAACAAACGAGGAGGGACAACGCAGGAGGAUUAUUGUUCUUUGUAUAACUGUCAUUAAAGUCAACAAACUCCCGCUUUUUGAUGCUGUCCUCACGGAGGUUUGAGCCAAUAACGGACUUAUUGGUCGGCUGAAACAUGCAGAGGCUGCUGCUCCUGAGUUUGGUGUUGAGUUUUCAAACUGUGUGGACAGCGAGGUUCUCUCAGGAGCCGGCAGACCAGUCGGUGGUGCGGGGCCAGAGGGUGAUCCUGUCCUGUGUUGUCUUCAACUACUCAGGCAUUGUUCAGUGGACCAAAGAUGGUCUGGCUCUGGGUAUCGGAGAAGACCUCCGGGCCUGGCCCAGGUAUCGUGUGUUGCGUGUGCAGGAGUUGGGCCAGUACAACCUGGAGAUCCUUUCAGCUGACCUGUCUGAUGACUCCCUGUACGAGUGCCAGGCCCCUGAUGCCGCCCUGAGGUCCAGGAGGGCCAAACUCACCGUCCUCAUUCCCCCAGACGAACCGGUAAUCGAUGGUGGUCCGGAGGUGUUGCUGAAUGCGGGAGAGUCCUACAACCUAAGCUGUGUGUCUCGAGGGGCUAAACCGCCUUCAAUGAUCGAGUGGCUUAAAGAUGGUCUGCCUGUGGAGGGGGCUGUCAGUAGCACUGAGGUGCUUCCAGACAGGAAAAGGGUGACCACACGUAGCUACUUGCCAAUCCAGCCCGUUGACAGUGACACCGGGAGGAACUACAGCUGCGUGGCCACCAACCUGGCUGUUCCCACUGGCAAAAGCACAACUGUCACCCUCAACGUACACCAUCCACCAACAGUGACCUUGUCCAUUGAGCCUCGCUCUGUCCUGGAGGGGGACAGAGUCACCUUCACCUGCCAGGCUCACGCCAACCCUCCUAUUAUGGGCUACAGGUGGGCUAAGGGGGGCGUAGUGCUGCAGGGUGCCAGAGAGAGUGUGUUCACCACCAAGGCCGACCACUCCUUCUUCACCGAGCCUGUCUCCUGUCUGGUUUUCAACGCUGUGGGAAAGACCAACGUCAGCAUCCUAGUGGAUGUUCACUUUGGUCCAAUUCUGUUGGUGGAGCCACAGCCAAAAACGGUAGAUGUUGACUCUGAUGUCACCCUGAACUGCAAAUGGGCUGGAAACCCUCCACUCACACUCACCUGGUUCAAAAAGGGUUCGAAUAUGGUUCUGAGCAACAGCAACCAGCUGUAUCUAAAGUCUGUGAGCCAAGCGGAUGCCGGCCAGUACGUAUGCAAGGCCAUCGUCCCACGGAUCGGAGUAGGAGAGACUGAGGUCACGCUCACCGUCAACGGUCCUCCAAUCAUCUCCAGUGAUCCAGUCCAGUAUGCAGUGAGAGGGGAGAGAGGAGAGGUGAAAUGCUACAUAGCCAGUACUCCUCCUCCAGAUAAGAUUGUGUGGGCGUGGAAGGAGAAUGUGUGGGAGAAGGAGAAGGGGACACUGCUGGAGAGGUACACGGUCGAGCAGAGCAAACUGUCAGCCGAGGGCGGCGGCGUCCUCUCCACCCUCACCAUCAACAACGUGAUGGAGUCUGAUUUCCUGUCCACCUACAACUGCACAGCCUGGAACUCAUUUGGCCCGGGCACAAUGAUCAUCACACUGGAGGAGACUGAGGAAGUCCCAGUGGGGAUAAUAGCAGGGGGGACGGUGGGCUCCACCAUCUUCUUAUUCAUCUUUCUGCUGGUCCUCGUUCUUAUCUUCUACCGGCAACGCAAAGGCAGUCGACGCGGGGUCACUCUGGGCAAGCCUGACAUCAAGGUGGAGACGAUAAACAAGGAGACCCACAGCUUGGAAGAGGACUCCGGCAGCGUGUCCACGGCUUCGCGCAUGGUCAAGGCCAUGUACUCGUUUCUCCCCUCUGUGUCCUUCUCUCCCUCCAAUCAGCCUUUUAAAGACGACAUAGAGCUCAAGUCUGACCUCCGCAGCGACACCCUGGACACCCGUCAGGAGUACGACCUGAAGGACCCCACCAAUGGCUACUACAACGUACGAGCCUCCACCCACGAUGAAGGCCGCCCUGCCUCCCGCUCCACCAUGCACUACUCUGACUAUCGCUCCCCUGCAGGAACACCAGGAGGCGCUGCGUCCAUUAGCAGCAGUGCCGGUGGCUCAGGAGCCACGGCCAGCGGUGGAGCCCCCGGUCCCCCUGGCCCCCUCACCUCCCCUGGCCGGCCACAGGCCUGCUACGAUCCACGACCCCCCUCCAGACUGUCCCACAUCAGCUACGCCCAGUUCAACACCUUCACCCGUGGGGGCCAGAGCCAGCAGCCCCCAGCUAACCCUGCUCCUGUGGCCAGCGACUUCCCAGGGGAUUGCAGCCUCUUGGACUCCACUUCCCAGCUUGCCUAUGACAACUAUGGAUAUCCCUCGCAUUACCAGACCUACCGCAUGGGUUUUGCCCCUUCUAGCCUGGCCCCUCUGGAGUCCGGCCCAUCCUAUGAAAUGUAUGGGGUAGGAUCCGGUGUGGGACCCGGGGUGGGGAGUCCUGGUGUCAGCGUAGGUCCCGGGGGUCCUGCUCCUUCGGGAUCAGAGACUGGACUAGGGAAGUACGGCAGCUCCACUCGCUUCUCCUACACCUCGCAACACUCUGACUAUUCCCACAGCCGACACACACAGAGGAUGCAGACUCACGUGUGAGACAGAGAGACACAUAAACACCUCACAGUCUUAGCAGAGCAUGAGGAAGCAUCUUAUAAAUAGUGUCACACCUAAAAAAAAACACACACACAAUCAUAGAUUUACACAAACACAUUUUCACACACUAAUACAACACGCCCCUGCUGGACACAAACAC